UUGCCCAACACACGUCACAAAAGGCACAGCCUUUGGUUUUUUUUCCCUUUACCCAUCUCCUUUAGUCAUGUUCCUGAAUCCCUAGGACUUUUUGGGUAAGUUCACAUAGCUCAGAGGAAGUUGUAGGAUGGCUUUAUUAUAGUUACCCCCGAGAUAUCUGCAUCCCUUUGGCUACCAAUGUUUAUUAGGGAGCAGUAAUUGACCCAAAUACAUGCUGUGGAUCAUGCAGAAAGGCAAACAGGUAAAAAUAAGAAUGCAGAAACACAAUUCAAAUUGAGCAAAAUAAUCUGGGACUAAUUUCAGUCAGCUUCCAGAUUUCUGGGAGCAAACUUCACCUCACUUGAAUUUUCAAGUCAUUGACCCUAUCAUGCUAUUGCAGUGCAGUAUUGGUAUGAGAAAAAGAGAAAUCAGGAGCACAGCAGAUGCCUUUGUCCCCCCCACCCAGCAGUCCCCAUGGCAGCAGCCCAGGGCUGGGAAUGCAGCCGUGGGGGUGAGCAGGAGCGACGCUCUCCUGUUGCAGAUCCCUGUGUGCGGCUCGGCAGGCUGGGACCUGCCUGUGCAGCUCCUGGCCCAGCCUGGCAUGGUCUGCAGGAGGCACUUCGUGGGACAGAGGUGAGGUGUUGCCAUUUGCUGAGGAGUGUGUUUGGAUACAUCACUAAGGGUGAGCCCAGCUGAUCCACCUUCUACAAGCCCAGGCCUUGGAGCCAGCAAAGGCUGCUGACGGUCCCCACCUGAGACAAGAGCCCAUCUGGGGCUCUGCUCUGCCCUGUCUCGCUCUUAGCAGGUGCUCUGUGGAGACGGCUUGAGGUCACACCUCUCCCUUCUGUGCCUUAACAUAAAAGGAGUGUGGCCCUAAAGAAAAAUACUUUUGUAAAGAAUACAGGGGAGGUACUGAUUUACGAGCUGUGACCCUCUGCUGGUGCAGUCUGCACCAGGUUAUCAGAACUGGAGGGAUCUUUUGACCUGGCCUUGCAGAGCCUCACAUUUCAGCUGCAGAGUGUGAGCCUGUAUCCCCCCAGCCAGCCCAGCACUCACUUCUGUUUUCGCUUUCUUUCCUAACCAUCAUUUAUUUCCUUCUGUGGUAGUUUACAGACAAGAAGCACUGGCCUCCCCCUCCCUCUCCACCUCCUUCCCAGCCAUGUGACUGAGCACUCCCUGCAUCAAGUGAAACUUUUCAGUCCCCAGGAAAUCUUGAUUUUCUCUCCGCCUGCUCCACGGUGAGAAGCAGCAUCUCUCCCACCUGCAGCCGUGCUGGCCAUGGGGAGGAGUGUACGGCAGCUCAUCCUGCUGACCUUUGGCUGUGGUGAGUAACAUCUCCAUUUCUAUCUGAGAAAUCAGACAGAUUAUGCCAGUUCUGUUUCCUGGCAGUCAGGACAGCACCUAAAAGACUGAAAACUUUGAACAGUUUUGUUGCUAGCACUAAGGGUGCUUUUAGUGAAGUCUCACUGCUAAGAAAUAACCAUAAGUACAGUGAAUUGCAGCUGUUAUAGAUUUAGUUGGAUGUUUUCCUCUGUAUUUUUCCUUGCACUAUGUGGUGACAUAAACUCUGACUCUGUGAAGGAGUCAGCUUAAAGUAGUGUGAGAAGCAGACUUUUUUGGCCUUGCUUUUCUUAAAAAAAAAUAGUUUCCAGACCAGCAGAACUGACUGAAAAUCUUGAGUGAGACAAGGAGGAAAGAAAAAACUUAGGAAGCAUUGCUCUAGUCAUUAAUUCGUUUGCAUUGCAAGAUGCAGAAGCUCCUGCUUCUGGAAAGCAGGAGUGAGGCAGGGGGCUUGGAGAGCCCACAGCCUGGGGUUUAACUUAAUGACAAACCACAUCAGAGUCACUGUUUGACCCUUAAUGCUGCUCUGUGAAAAUCUGUGGAGCCGGCCAGACCAAGGACAUCUCGCAGUGCUUGAAGUCACCCCUCAACGCCUGCAGCAGUACAGAAUUUGCCCUGUGAGGAAGGACAGAGCGUGAUUUAAUCUGUGUAAUGGCUGAGGGGGUUUGAGCUUGCUGUUGGGACACUGCACUUCUGUGGUGGGUUUUGCCGUCGGCACACAGGGAUCACACCAGUAACAAUCCCCGUCCUCCUCCCAGCGCAUGAACGGGGAAACUGCCCAGGGACUCAACCAUGUGCAGCUCCUGCUGUAUCUCUCUGCAUUCCCACGCCUGCUUCAUAGCCAGAGUCUGCUGAAGUAGCCCCAAAACAUACAUAUGAAAGGAGGGCAAGAUCAGACUGAGAAGUAACACUAAUAACUCAGCGGUCAGCAACCACUUUUGACCAGAAAGAACUUGUUUCCUCAGCUCCUUAUCCAUUUUUGAUCUUUCCUUUAAUGAUUUGUUGUGAUGUUUUAUUAAUGUCCCAAAGCCAAGUCUUCCUGUGCAGACAGGGAAUUAAACAUAAUUAGAGUUUAAGGAAUAAAGGUCAGAUGGGUGGGAAGCUAUGACAGUACUGAAACCUCUCAGAAAAUCUUGGUGCUUUUUCAAUUCCUCAAAGCAAACCAAAGCAGCUAGAGAUGGUGAGAGUGUUUUCAGUGAUUACAGGAGCUGGGUCAGGUUUUGUGUCCACAUGGAAUCAGUCAGCUAAACAUGAGCAUUUCUUCUGGCAGCAGAAAGCGGAACGAACCCACUGGGCAGCUGAACAGCAUGAGUGUGGUUAGAUGAAAAGGGGAAAAAAUCCUCAGUAAGAGUUUCUAUCACCCACCCUGUUGCAAGAUGGCAAGCUGAGAAAUGUCCCAGCCAAAUCAUGGCACUGAGCACUGCCCUUCCCACCAUAAUGCCUGGGAGCAGAGCGGUGACAUUCCUUAUGACUGAAACGUGUCACCAAAGCAUGAAAACGGGAUCUCCAGGCUCAGACUGGGAACAGUGAAUUUCUGAGACCUGCCCUGAUCGGUUCCUGAGAGUUUUGUUUGGGAGCUUUGCAUGGAGGCUGCCUGGACUCAAACACAGCCCUCAGCAUGUGUGACAUACAGCUUUGAUGCUGAAGUAAGAUGAGGGAUUGCAGCUGCUUUCUUUAGGAAGAUACACCCCUGGACUCUUGCAGCCCUCAAAAUGUUGCUUGUAUGAAGUUUUGAGUUGGCUUCAUGGGAGGAAAAAAAAGAAGACUAAGGGGGGGGCAGGUGGGGUGCAGAGCUGCCAUUUCUUGUUGUUCUGCAGCAUUUGUUCUGUUCCCAUUUUGUGGCAGAGCCAUGGGAGAGGCUGUGGUGGUGAGAGCUCUGCAGGCGGCUCCUUUGCUGAGCUAUGCAAGCUCCCCAAGAGGAACGUGGCAGUGCUGAGGGAGACACAGGGAAGCCUUUCUGGCCUUAGCUGGAGGGCAGGUCAAGGACCCCAUGUGCCCACCUCCCCCUCACACAGCAGAGCUACUGACCUACCUCCAACAGCCACCAGAAAAGAGCCAAGACCAUGAGGUGCAAACGGAGAGCAAUCCUUACCCAUCCCUGGGAGCUCCCAUGGCCAAAUACCUUCUGAGAAGACAGUCCAAGCCAAGGGGUUUAGCAGCAUGGCCAUGCACUGACAGAAACUCCAAAAUACUUGGGAGAGCCCGGAGGAGUGGUCUGGUAGGUCACCCAUUGAGCAAGAGCCACGGGCCACCCCAAAGACAUUUCUGGCCUUACCCCUCAGUGACCCUGUCAGGCUGAAUAAUGAAAAAUUGUUUGGUUGAAAUUACCUUUUGGGGAUAACAAAGUUUCAUUUAAAAGCUAUGGGUGGUAUUCCAAUGUCAGUUAAAUAAUAUUUCUCUCCACAUCUGUAAAGUGUUAUCUGGUCAGUAAUCAAAACCAACCUAUGAACUAACAACUAAUAAGUACUGACUUUAUUUAAGACUUGUGUAAAUUUAAAUAUGGGUUGUUUCACAGUCUUAUGGGGAAGAAAGAGUGAAAAUUGCAACUUCUUCUUUCUUGUUUUUAUCAUGCUGAUACACUCAGAUGCACCUACCCAGAGUUGGUUUACGGCAACUGCUCUGACUUUCCACUGGCACACAGAGGAAAUCAGUUAUCUGCUUUUCAGCUCUGUGGUAAAGUCUAGAGGAAAGUGAGAAAAUGAACUAAGGUAUCAUAUUAAUUACACAUUUUUAUGUUCAUUUUGAUAAAAAUCACAAUAUUUUUUGAGGUUUUUCAACUGUCUCAAAUUGCACUUCUUUGAUGUAACAAGCUACACUCACAGUCAAGUGUAUCCUGUACAGCACAAGUUUUAGGAAUAUGAGUAUAUGCACUUCUGCUCUUCUCAGUCAUAGUCAUUUUUAAGGGAAAAUUGUAGUGUGGGUUAAGAUCUAUACAUCUGCUCUUGUUUCUUUGACUUUUGUCUUAAAUUCGAUUCAAAACCCAAUAGGGUUUAUUAUUCUUAUUUAGUUUAUAUGUCUCCUAAAAUGGUGAGAUUUUGUGAAUUCACCUAUUAUUGAAGACCUCUGUUCUUCAUGAUGAAUGAAAAUAAAUAAAAGGAAGAACCUUUGAGAUUUCAGCAAUUUUCACUCUGAAUGUGCUUUUGGCCUUAACCUAUUUCAAAAGCCAAAUCUCAGCAACCUGCCUGCCACAAACUUUGACACCAGUUCAUGAGAAGUUUCUUUGAAAGAACCAGUGUACAAUAAACUCAGGCAACAUGCUGUGGCAUCCUGUGGAGCUGUACUGCCAGGAAUAUGGCCUGUCUUGGAAUUCUGUGUCCCUUCGGUCUCCAAACUAGAAUGCAUCUCUGUCCUCCAGCUAAUUUAGGCAGUAAAGCAUUUAACAACAGCUGAAGCUCCAUGCACAUCAAGGAAUAUGUCAGUCAUUGAGUUAUGUUUUCUUUUAGCUUGACCUUGCCUUUCCAGAGUCUUGUUGCAUGCUCACAAUCAAAGAUUCAAGCAGAAGAGUUGUGACAUUCUUCUAUCCUACAAUGUACUUUCCCAUUUUUUGUUCACUUCUUUAUUUAUAUUUAGGAGCCAGAUUUUUUUUUUUUUUUUCACUUCAGCAAGGGACAUUUUUCUGUAAAUGUUAUUAGAGGGAAGUGUAAUUUUAGUGCUGUGACUAUUUUCUAGUGUGGUCCAAAAUGCCCCUGGAUGCUGUACCCUGAAAUUGUUCCUCAUUGCUGAAAGCCCAUCACUAAGAGGGAUGGUGUUUCUGUGGGUUCUUCCAGGAGGAAGGGCUUCAGGGUUCAAGCUGACAUGGCUACAACAAAACCAUAAAUAAAUAUCUGGAAUUUCCCUGUGUCCCAGACUGGUUUCCCAGACUAUUGUGAAUCACUGUAAGACCAUUGCUCUGCCUUCACACACACGUUCCCUCUCCCUUUACUUUGUUACAUUUUCCUCCUGCCUUGCUGAAGUGGCCUCGAGGGUUGAACUGUCUCCAGAAACCACGUCCUUCCACCAUAUGGCUACUUCUGCUCAGCCACUUUCCCUUUAUCAUUCCUCACCCCAUCAAAGCACCACAGUUCACUUUAACAGCACAGUCUCUCUUGAAACAACACCCACGAGCCAGAGAACAACUGUGCAGACAACAGAGCAGCACCAGGAAACAGCAGCUCUAGGCCAGCACACGACAGCCCAGGCAGGAGCUGGAACACCCAUCACCACCACGACACCAGCAGACAACACCAGUGCAGCUGGCCAGGCCACAACCCAGGCCAUGCACAGGGUCACACCUGCAGGGAAGAACACAACCACCCCCUCUGUGUCCUCCACACACGUGAGCACAGCAAUGACAGCCAUCAACACAUCCCUAAACCACACAACAGCAAAUACUCAAGUGACAGCUGCUGCCACCACCUCUACAGCCACCAUGCAGACGGUCAAAGCCACCACACAGUCAGGAAAACAAACAACAGCGACCAGAAACUCAACAGCCACAGCCAUGACCAGCACAACAACCGCCCGUCCAGGGACACAAACAGCCAUCCCAUCUACUGCGGUGACAGUGAGACCCACUCCUGCCCCACGGCCUUCUCCCAUCCCCACUGGCACAUACACCAUUUCCAGUGGGAACAGGACCUGCAUCAAAGCAGUCAUGGGUCUGCAACUGAUGGGUCAAAAUACACAAAAGGAGCAGAUGGAGUCUGUGAUUGUCAACCCCAAUGCGACACAGACAUCUGGAAGCUGUGGGAUGGUGCAGUCUCAGCUGAACUUAACUUUCAGUGGAGGAUUUGUGAACUUCACUUUUGUAAAGCAAGCUCCAAGUUACUUUGUCAGUAACAUUGAGAGCAGAAUACAGUUAUCUUCUGAAGGUAUGUUUUACUAUGCAGCCCUAAAUGAGAAGCUGUUUACAACAAAGCUGGGGAAUUCCUUUAAGUGUGCCAGCAGGCAAACCUUCACCUUGGAGAAGAACUUCCAGAUCCUCUUUGUUCAUAUGCAGCUGCAGGCGUUUGAUAUUGUUGGUAACCAGUUUGGAAAAGAAGAAGAAUGUUUUCCUGACAGAAGCAGCAAAGCAGCUCCCAUCGCAGUGGGCCUGAGUAUCCUGGGGCUGUUUGUCAUUGUGUUUGUUACUUUCCUGAUUUCCAGGAGGAAGCCACAUAGAGGAUACGAACGCAUCUGAGGUGCCCUUGUUCUUCCAAAUGGGUGUAGCAAGCAGAGAAGUCACGGGGAGUUUUAGCUUCUGCCUGGCAACCUCACUGCCCUGAAGCCGCAUUUUUAAGUGAGAUGACACCAUGUGUUUAAAUCUAAUGAAUAUUUAUGCAAGUAGUUUCUUUAGGGUAGGAAGGAGACAACUCACAUCCUCUACUUAAGGCUAUUCUUAGCAUCUAAUUUAGAUGUAGCCCAGAUGACCAAAAUGAGGAGCCUAAAUUCUCUGUGUUAUCAACAAAGGAGAUAAUUCAGACCACCUAAGUCAGAUUCCUAGAAACAGCUUAAAGCAGUAUUGGUAUCCCCAAGAAAAUCCAUCAGGUUUGUUAAUUAUAAUAUUUAGAUUUAUUAAAAUAUGUAAGUCUGGUGAUAUGACUUUCAAAUGAAUAAAGCAGAGAUCCAGAGGUACAGACAACCCUGUUAAAUUAAAGCUCAGUGAAAGCCUUGUGGGAACACUGUGUGUGCCAAAAUCUCAGAGUGUCAGUGUGACUCCAUUCACAAGCAAGUUCUCAGCAGUCCUACAACAGAGUUACACUUCCUAAGUGCUUGGGUUUUUUCCUAUUAAGCCCUUUGCAAAGACACAAUGGUAAUAUGUGACUCUUACUCUGGAGCUGAAUAUGUCACAGUCUUGUGAGAGCUCACGAACCACCCAUGUCCUGUUCAGACAUGGACCUGUUACAGUGACCGCCACUGAGCCCAGUAACUGCCCCUCUUCUGAGAUGGCAGCACUGGGAUCUCUGAAUCUGGGAAGAUGCCACACUCAUUGGAAAUGCCUGGGAUUCAGUGACCACCAUUGUGGCAGAUCUGCCCAAGGUCCCUGAGAAAUGGAAAUCCACUGACAUUGUAUGUUCAAGGCUUCUCUAAGAACUAAAAGCUUGCACAGCCCUUGGACAAACUCUCUGUCCAAAAGCGAAUGUUAUCCAGCAUGCUGGAUUUUCAUGUGGAAAUAAUUUGGAGUUGCUUUAAAGCACAUUAAUUGAUACACUCUGCAGUUUAUUUCCUGCUAAACCGAUGAUGAAGGCAUGAGAGUAGUAAUUGCUUUUGAGAUUAAGUCCAGCUCAUGUUCUUUGUUGUAAAAAGAAAAAGCUCCUUGUUUACAAAGGAGAUUUACAAAGCAAAUGUGCACACACACACACACACAUACAUGCAUGUGCACACACCAUACAAUCUGCUCACUGAAGCCAGUGAUGUCCAAAUGAUAAGAAAUUAUAUACAAAACUAUUUGCAAAAGAGAAAAUAACAUUAAAUAAGAGCACGCUUCCCCCUAAGGAGUCAGGGUAAGGGCUUACAUUUUACUAAUAAAAGUUUGGCCUGGAAAAGGACUGUGGAAUGGUACUCAUUAACCAAAAGAAAGACUGAAAUCAUACGCAAAAAUACACUGCUAGUUUAAUCUGUAUCUAAACAAAAUAUAAAUGCUAUGAGCUAAUUUCAUUUCAGUGAAGAAUGGCCCAAAUCCUGAGCAGUUGUGAAUGACGAUGCAACCUCACUGGAUUUUCACUGGGUAAAACUGGUCAUUUUAUCUUGUCAGUUUAAUUUCCCUUAAGUAUUUUUAAACAGUUUUGAAAUUUUACUAGUAUUUAACGAUUGUGAAUUGACUUCUUUAAAUUGAGAAUGAAAGGAAAUAUUUUCAUUCCAUGAAUUACUAAAAGAUGUUGGUCUGUGUGAAGUAGGAAACAUGGUCAUGCUGUUCCAUAAUCAGUAUAAUGUGUAGCUGUAGAAAUAAUUAAGUCUCCAAAAACAUUCCCUUUGAAUCCGAAUGAACCAAUAAAUGAGAAAGAUAAAGACAAUUCCGAAGCACUUUUGCACUUGGAGAAACAUCAGAGAGAAGUCAGAAGCAGCUGUGAGCACAGGGGCAGAAGAGUACGUCUAUAAGGUAAAUAGCACAAGCAAUGGGAUACCAAACUUUCCAACCUUUAAUAGGGAGACAGUGAUUUAACUGUAUUCAGUUUAAAGCUCAGAAUGGUCUGACCCUGAGCUGUUCUGCCCAGUGAUCAAUAAACCUCUCCCACUCAAAGCUAAGUCGUAUUUCACAUGUUCUUUGGAUUGCUGGGUUGCAUGAUCUGUAGUGUGUUUCUUCUGCUGACAUGGAAUAUUUGCUUGUUGUGUUCUGAAAAAUCACUUUAUGUUAAUAUUCAGUCUUUUAAAAUCUGAUAUCAGGAUGAGGAGAGAAAACUGUUCCUAAUGACUGCUAAUUCUAUGUUUAAUCUUGUGACACCCUCUGGCAUUACCAGUGAUGCAAGAUAAAUAUUUUUCCCCUGACUUUUUUUAUUUCUACACUGAAUCAACCUGGUGUUAUUGAACAAUGUUCAGAUUCAGGUUUACGAGAUUUGUUCUUAUGCUUUUUAUUGCUGUUGUUUGCUAUAUUAAUGAAGCUGCAUAGCCCUUUCUAGAUGAAUAAUACUCUGGGCUUGCUCUAAAUGUCACAGAAGUGCACGUGAUACAAACCGAUGAAACAACAGGAUGCUCCCAGGAAAUGCUGCCAACAUGCAGCAAAAUUAAUCCAAUGUAGUUAGUGCUUCACAGUAGUAGAAGAUCCAUUGGAGAAUUCCUUACUGCAUCAGGAGAUCCCAGCCCCUAAGUGCAACCUUUCUCCCACCUCUGGCCCAGUCUGCAUCCCAUCACAUCUUCCUGAUCACAAAAUACAGCCAGCCUGCAGCAGGGAUGUGUGUCAGCACACCAGCAGAACAGGGAAUGUUGCCUCUCCAAAUUUAAUGCUAAAUUAGAAUUAGACAGCCCAGCUGCUCCCUGAGCUGCCAUGUGCAGCUUUAAAAGCUGAUGCCUGUAUUUAUUUUCUGCCAGAAUUUAGGUAGAUGUUUAGCUGGUACUUUUUUAUCUAAUGGAGCUGCCUUGAGGUCUUCCUCCCAUCGGGAAGACUCUACAGGGCUAAUGGGCCUUGCUCUUGCCAGACCUGCUCUUUUAAAUAUCUUGUCUGAGGAAAGAUUUUGAGCAAAAACUCCCUAAAAGAGCACAGUAGGAAAAGAGCUCUUAUGAUAAACUAGUUGUACACUAGGUGGGCCAUAAUAGUCACACUGUGGGCAGAAGGGCACAGUUUUGUCUGCUGUGGGAGGGGACAAGGCUGCAGUGGGUCCCAGAGUGACCAGUGCUGGUCUCAGCAGCCCCAGCUCACUUCUUCCCCCAGCUGCAGACUCAGAUCAACCCAUCCCUGAACCAGAGGAUACUGAUCAGGAUGACAUGAUGCACUAGGGCAGCAAAGCUUAACUUCUGUGCAUGCAUGUGCUGGUCAGGAGACAGUGGGGCCAUCACAGGAAUUAGGAGGUGAGCAGAUCCCCACAUCCCAAAAGCUCCCACCCCAGACCAUCCACCGUGGCCUCUUGCACACCCAAGGCAGACACAAGGACAUCCCAUCAGCAUGACGAUGUCAUACUUAGCCAAAUCUCCAAGGAGUUUAUAAAGCAAGGUUUAAUUUCUUUCAGUCCUUUUUGUUCUCUGAUGGACAAGUCCAAAUGAGGGAACAGCUGUUAAUUCAGCUGAAAGAGGAAGGGAGAUGUAGAUCAGCAUCUGGAGUGUCUGAAGGUGGUUUGGUUGAUCACUUUUAGCUUGCUAUAAUGUAUGGUUGCUAAAAAUAACUUGAUAUGAGAAGUAAGAUAUGCUCUUUAUUUUUCUAUUACUGGUGUUUCUAUAAUAAAGGUUGUAUUUAGUCAUUA